AUGAGAAAAUUGGAAUUCGAUGCUGUCUGUACUAGCGGAAAUCAAAGAAACGGCCAAAAUUUAUUCAAAAUCAGUCAAAUCCAAAAUUCACGUCUUCACCAAAAAUUAAUAUCUGAGGCGAAAAAUACAGAAUAUGAUGGAUAUGGAAGUGUUGAAGAUAAAUGGAAUAAUAAAAAUAAUGAAUGGAGUGAAGAAAGGCAAUGGGGAGAUGAAGAAAAUGAGAGGGAUAUAGAGGAGGAUAAUGAUGGUUUUAAUGGAAGGAAUGGGAAAAAUGUAGAUGAUGAUUUUAGGAGGAGGAAUAGACCGAGUAGAGAUAUAGAUCUAAAAAUAAAGGCAGAGAGAGGCGAUAUAUUGGAAGCUCGAGUUGAUGCCAUAAUAAAUCCAACAAGGCCAUCUCUCUCCGUUGGUAGGUUAAAUAAAUUAAACCUUCUUUCUUAUCAAAAAAUUUCUUUCUCAUCAGAACCCUUAAAUGGAGACGAAGCAAUCCCGAAAGUUUUGCGUGCAAAAUCGCUCUUUGAUGUUGUCGACGUAAAAGAUAAGGAUAGUUUGGAUAAAAAGAGAUUGCUCAGAGCUUUGACUAAAUUGGCAAACAUGGUUGAGCCAGCAAAUAAUUUGAGGCAAAAAGAACGUGCGACACACGCCAAAAGAAAGAUACAGCAAUGGCAACAAAUGGUAAAUGAUGAUCAAAAAUGGGGAGAAUUAUUGGAAGAAGCAGAAAAUCUCCCAAUGGAUGGAUAUAAUAGAGGAUUAGAAUCAAGUGUUAGUGAAAGAAUUGUUCGAAAUGCGGGCCCAGUUCUAGCUAAAAAAUUGGAGCAAAUAGCAAAAGAAAAGGGAGGGUUGCCGGUUGGGGAUGCUUUUGCUACUGAAAGUUUUCAAAUUGGACGCUAUUAUUUUGCUAAAAGUAAUUAA